GACGUUUUCUUGUUGCCGGAAGUGACUCGCAGUCUAGUUUCCGGUGGGAUCCUUAACGGUCCCGGGCAGCAGCGCAAGUCCGAGCAAGGGGAUCCGAUCCUGUCUGUCUGUCUGUCUGUCUGAAGGGGGAUGGCGCUCUGGCCGCCGCCGCGCUCCCGUGAUUUGCGCCCGGGUCUGGAAGAAGACGUGAGGUCCCAGCCCACCGCGCAGAUUUAUAAUGAUGGGAUUGAACUGGCUUGCCAGCAACAAAAGGAAUUUGUGAAGAGUUCUGUAGAAUGCAAGUGGAACUUAGCAGAAGCCCAGCAGAAGCUUGGCAGUUUAGCACUGCACAACUCUGAAUCCCUAGACCAGGAACACGCCAAAGCACAGACUGCAGCUGCAGAGUUGAGAUGGAGGGAAGAGGAGUGGCGUCGGAAAGAGGAGGCAUUAAAGCAAAAGGAAAGACAGGAUCUGUGGAACGCAGAUGUUGUUAGCAGGGAGGUAUUUAAUAAGAGUUAUAUUAAUCAGAGGAAAAGGAAAGAAAUGGAAGAUGAUGCAUCUAAAUCCUUCAUGCAGAAGCAUGAGCAGAAAAUUAGGCAUUUUGGAAUGUUGAACAGAUGGUUUGACAGUCAGAGAUUUCUCUCUGAUCACCCGUACCUUGUCUGUGAAGAAACUGCUAGAUAUCUUCUUUUAUGGUGUUUUCAUCUAGAAGCUGAACAGAAAGGAGCUCUGAUGGAACAAGUAGCUCAUCAGGCAGUGGUAAUGCAGUUUAUUAUAGAAAUGGCCAAAAGCUGCAGUGUGGAUCCACGAGGAUGUUUUCGUCUGUUUUUCCAAAGAGCUAAAGCGGGGGAAGAAGGAUAUUUGGAAGCUUUUAAAAAUGAACUUGAAGCAUUCAAAUCACGAGUGAGAAUUUGUUCGCAAUCGCAGAACUUUCAAGCUAUGUCUGCUCAGAAUCCUUUGGUUCACACAGAUCUCAGUUGUAUAGGAGGGCUUGCAUCUUUUCCACAGAAUGCAGAUUCACUUCAGGGCUGCAGUUUGAACUCAGUGGUACACAGAGACGAGGAAGAACCCAAAAUGAUGGAUACAGUAUAGUACUCCUAAGACUGAGCCCAAGUACUCUUAUUACAAAGAGGAGAAUGUGGCAACUUUUUUGAGACUUAUUUUUAUGGGUGCUGCACUUUAUUUGGGGUGUUUGUUUUUUGGAGAGAGGGUAAUCCAGAAACACACUUGUCUUUUUGUUUGGAAAAUGUGCUGCUAGGGCAUUUUUUGUUCUUAUUUUUUAGAAGAGGGAAUCCUUGUGUGUUGCUGAAUGUGAAACUGGAUGUUUUUCUGCUACUACUAAACUUCGCCUUUUUAAAUUUUAGGAAUCAAAGUAUGAAAAAUCUGCACAUUUGCAAUGUUUACAAGUGAUUGAUUCUAGGAGGAAUCUGCUUUAAUCCUAUCAGACAUGCCCAUGUCUCGCUCUAGAUCCUAACGAUCAUUGUUCUGCAUUAUCUUUGCUUGCAUAGUAAGCGCUCGAAUCUGGUUUUAUCAUGAAUAGCAAUAAAUCAGUGGUUGCUAUCAAUACUGCAGAUCUGAGUGACUCAGAGAAAAGCACUGGCCUUUUAACUCUACUACAGGGAUAAAACUUUUAUUUUCUGCUUUUGGACAAAGGCCUUUUAUAUAUUUUGACACUUGUGUAACUUGAUGUGUAAGUGGUCGUAAUGGCCUAUAAUGGAAUUAUAAACAGUAUUUUACUAGAGUUGCAGCCACCAGUGAACAUUUGGGUAUGGAGAGAAAUCAGUACUAUUCUGUUAACCUUUCCACCUAAAAACAUUAUCGUAGAAUCAUAUUCUCUCAGAUGAGCAUUUUAGGAAACUCAAGUGCCAAAUCCUGACUGAAUCUCUUCAAGGAAAUCCUGUGAAUGUGACACUUAAGAUGCUAGGUAGCUGAUUUGCCUAGGGGCUAAUCAUCAGUUGGCAAUUUAAAACCAGAUCAUCUCAAAUAGUCAAAUCAACUUCUUCAGGUCUUAGUCCCACUAUGUUGUCAGCGUAGGCCAAACUCUUCCAUUUCUCCUAUACAUUGUUCAUAUGAUACCAAGAGUAUAGAAACCACCAUCGCCCACAUAGUUGAUAUGCUGUAAUUUGCACUGCCUCCACUUAAUCACCCUUGAUAUAGGAGCAUGGUAAGAAUAUUACUGUUACUAUUUUUUGUGAGUGCAUGGUCAUGUUUAUUAAGUUAUUCUUAACUCCUGAAGCAUUGUGGGUUGCAAUUGUCCCAGGAUCAGAAGAGGCUAUUGAUUUUAAUUUCAAUAGCUCUCUUGUUUGGGCUCUGUGUUCUUGUUCCUGAUCCACCUGGUAUACAGAUCAAAAAUAUAUGCCUAUUGUCAAGUUCCAGAGACCAAUAUAAUAUACAUACAGUUCUAAUUAGGGCUUUUGCUGUUGUCUUCACACUGCUGGAGAAACACACUGCUUUUUGAACAGAUCAGUAGUUUGACAAUGGGAAGUGCUGUGGUGAAAGUGGCAACUGAAAUUUUGGCAGUACACUCAGUUCUCCUGGUAUCCACAUUUGAUCUUGGCCUAUGUGUGGAAUGUAAUGUAAUCUUUAAGAGGUUCUGGCUGGAAAAAAGCAAAUGACUCCUGAUCUUUUGAAGGUUCAUCUCCUACUACAACUUAGAAUUUGCAGGAAAAGGGGGCACUAAUUUCUUCGCUUUCUUCACAUUAAGCUCAAUGUACUACUGUGAAAGUCGGUAGUUGAGAUUGUGAGGUGUUAAUGAGAUAUAAGAUACAGCUAUUUUACAUUUUGUGUAGAAACAAAUUUUGUGGCAGACUCUUCAAUGCCUAAACCAGAAAGGGAAAUGUUCGAAAGCAUAGGUGAGUCUUUAGGGAUUCCAUGGAAAUAGCACUUAGUGGUUGCUUACAUGUGGAAGCUUCUUACAUGUAAAGGAUGGUAUUUUGAACCAUAGCUCCCUUGAAUAUUCUUUUAUGUAUAUUGUAUAAAACAUCUCAUUCUAUAUUGCAAAAUGUUACAGCCCAGACUCAGUGAAAUAUUCUGUGCAGAAGAAAAUUUGCUGCACAGUAUUAACUAUACUGGAAUGCCAUUGCUGCCAGUGGAUCAUAGGUCAAAGCAAGAGAGAAGAUCAGAUAGGCCUUGGUAAUCCCCAGUUCAACUCAUUAUAUUGGCAAGAGAGCUCAGUUUAAACAUCCAGUUUUGUACAACAGGAAGCCUACUAGAAAAAUAAAUAAAUUAUGUAUUUGACAAAUGUAUAGAGCUUAA